GUCUUAAACCUUCGUGAGUUGUAGUGUUUGCGUUGCGUUGCACGAGGGCAGGAUAUUCAUUCAUCAAUGGCCAUUGCACGUCGCUUGUGAAAGAAAUCGGAAAGAAAUACGCCUCUCCAAAAAAAGAAGGCAGAAAAAAAGAGCAACAAAAUCAAAACGCAUUUGCCAGCACCAGCCAGAAGUAUGACGAGGAGGCGGAAUUCAUAGGAAUUUAACAACAAAAACAAAUAGACAACGUGAAUGGUGAGAUCGCUCCCCCUCUCUUACACUUCUACUCUAUGAACUCAAACACAGAUGUAGAUGGGCACUGAGUUGAAUGGGAGUUAAUUGUUUUGGCCAUUUGCUGCUUACUCUUCGUUCGGUCGUAAUCUUUGGUGGUUCAAUUAGCGGCAACACUUAAACCGGAAAUAGAUUAUUGCCACGAUACCUACCAAGAAUAGCGGCAGCCCAGCCACGAAAGACAAGCACAUCGAACACCACCACCAACACAGACAACGUGUUGAAAUAAAUACGCGCGAAAAAAUCUCAAAAAAGUAACAGGAAAAAAUCACCCAUUAAGUGGUAACAAGAGCAACAACAACAACAACGAUUAACCCGCUAUGAACAAUACCACUAAGCACAUUUGAAACUUGCUGUAGACAACGUACAGCAGAGUUAGCCAAGGAAGAAGGAGAAGGAGGAGGUUAAAGGUGCAGGAUGAAGAGAUAAUGUGCCAAGGUCGUCAUUGUGGGUACGAUUACUGCUGCUGCUGCUGCCGCUGCAACUGGCUCUCUCUCCUGCUGAAACACAGAUGUACGUACGAAACAACAACCAGAAAAACACAACAUCAACCCCACAUCAUCCACAAUUAGCAGUCAUCGAACAAGGUGGCAAGUUGUAAAACAACUUCAACUAAAGACAGAGCGCAGUCUCUGUGGCGUGUGGCGCUCAGUCAUUCUCUCUCCCGCAAACAAGUUUGGGCAGAGCGUAAAGUUGAAGUUGUGUUCGGCCUCAUACAUUCGUUGUCGUUGCGUCGAACGAGACACAUUCAACAUUUCCAAACGUACAAUCAGUUCGAAACGGACCUUCAGCGCGAAUGCAAGUCAGAACGUCAUUUGUGGCAUUGGAUCAAAGAUCAUCUUUGACAGUGGAGUCUUCUUGUCCAAAAAGGAAAAAAUGCGAUAUGGAUCGAGAACGCGAAAGAGAAAACAAAUCGCUCGAACCCCGGGAUUUAUCAUCGACUGGCAGGAUUUAUGCCCGUAGUGAUAUUAAAAUUAGUGCUUCUCCCACGGUCUCGCCAACGAUCUCAAACUCUAGUUCGCCCACACCAACACCGCCAGCCAGCUCGGCGGUAACACCACUGGGCCUACCACCUGGCACCGUUGGAUCGGGCAUAACCAGUGGCUCAGGCAGCACUUCGGGCUCUGCAGGUAGUGCGGCAUCAUACAUGCAUGCCAAUCAUAAACCGAUUACAGGAAUUCCUUGUGUAGCGGCUGCAAGUCGCUAUACAGCUCCGGUACACAUCGAUGUGGGCGGUACAAUAUAUACCAGUUCAUUGGAGACCCUAACCAAAUAUCCCGACUCAAAGUUGGCCAAGUUAUUCAAUGGUUCCAUACCCAUUGUUUUGGACUCGCUGAAGCAGCACUACUUCAUAGAUCGUGAUGGUGGCAUGUUUAGACACAUUCUGAAUUUCAUGAGAAAUUCAAGGCUCUUGAUAUCGGAGGACUUUCCACAUCUGGAGUUGUUGCUGGAAGAGGCGCGGUACUUUGAAGUUGAACCCAUGAUUAAACAACUGGAGGCCAUGCGUAAAGAUCGGGUGCGCAAUGGCAACUACUUGGUGGCUCCGCCCACACCGCCUGCUCGCAUCAAAAGUAGUCCACGCAUUGGCAGCAACAACGAAUUCAACUACGAGGUGGUGGCUCUGCACAUCUCACCCGACUUGGGCGAACGAAUUCUACUGUCGGCCGAACGUUCCCUGCUCGAUGAGGUAUUUCCCGAAGCCAGUCAAGGCACCCAGACCAGUCGCAGUGGUGUAUCCUGGAAUCAGGGUGACUGGCGGCAAAUCAUCCGUUACCCGCUCAAUGGUUAUUGUAAACUCAACUCGGUGCAAGUCCUGACAAAGCUGCUCAAUGCCGGCUUCACCAUUGAGGCCAGCACCGGGGGCGGUGUCGAGGGCCAGCAGUUUUCAGAAUAUUUACUCGUAAGACGUAUACCAAUGUGAUAAACUCGAGGAGCGAGUCCGGUGUAAUGUAAUCCAGCUUAGCCAGCUCCCUCUUUAAAUUCCGUAAUUUAAAGAAUUCCACGUAAUCUUAGAUAUUUUUAGACAACAAAUUAACUUGGAUACACCUACCAUUAGCAUUGAUUCAUUCAUUGAUUACAACUAAACUAAGAUAUAAGCACAGCAAACCGAAAAUGAAAAAAACUGAAAUCCCUUGGCCGUUCCAGGCAAAUGUGGGGAAGCUAGAAGAUGUUUUUAUAAGGUUAUAUUCAAAUUCAUCAAAUAAAGACAUGCUGGAGCAUGUUUUAAUUUUACCUUAGUUAAGUCCAACGAGGAAGAACUGAUUUCUUAGUUAAAUGUUGAAUUAAGUAUUUUAAUUUCGAUUUGUACAAAUAACUGAGUGUAUUUAUUUAGUUUUAAGUUGUAUUUUUGCAAUUCCCAGUUUAAGUUGCAGUUCAUUAUUAACCAUAUCCCAUCCCAUUAACAUCACACACACACACACCACUUCAUAAUAAAAAAAAAACAAGAAUCUAUUCUCCUUGAUAAAUGACCCAACAUUGAACAGGUGGCAACAAGAAAUUAUCAGUGUAAUUUUUCUAAGUGUAGUUUCAUCUUAAAAUAAUUAUAACUAAAAAAAGAAUAAAUAAAUAAAGUA